AUGAAGGAAACACAUGUGACACAUUCAGCUCGGCCAAGUGGAAAUAUUAGCGGUAUAGUGACCAGUGCCUUACUCGGGUGGACCAUGGCUGUUUUCUUUUUUUCAUUUUCACACAUGCCAGUGGCCCAAGCUGAUUGUUGGCUAAUUGAAGGGGAAAAGGGGUUUGUGUGGUUGGCGAUCUGCAGCCAGAACCAGCCACCGUAUGAAGCGAUUCCACUACAUAUCAACAGCACUAUUGUUGACCUACGGCUCAAUGAAAACAAGAUUCGGAGCAUCCAUUUUUCUGCUCUAAGCCGCUUCAGCAACCUCACCUACCUUAACUUGACCAAGAAUGACAUCUCCUACAUAGAAGAUGGAGCUUUUUCUGCUCAGUUCAAUUUGCAAGUACUGCAGAUUGGUUUUAACAAGCUAAGGAACUUAACAGAGGGUAUGCUGCGAGGAUUGGGGCGUCUGCAAUACCUCUACCUUCAAGCUAACCAGAUUGAGACUGUCUCACCUAAUGCUUUCUGGGAGUGUCCUGCUAUUGAGAACAUCGACCUCUCCAUGAACAGGAUUCAACAGUUGGAUGGAAGUACGUUUCGUGGUCUAUCAAAGCUAACAACGUGUGAGCUCUACUCAAACCCAUUCACAUGCUCCUGUGAACUAAUUGGAUUCCUGCGCUGGUUGGUAGCAUUCCCAAACAGGACAAGUGAAAGGAUGGUGUGUGAUACACCAGCUGGCUUUUCUGGCUAUAGCCUCUUAAGCCAAAAUCCAAGGAUGCCAACAUACCGGAAUGCUUUCCAUGCUCUCUCUACUGUCUGCACAGAUGAUAAUGUGACCCCGUACCUGCUUGGAUCCUCAGAUGGAGGUACCCCCACAAUCCUGCCAGAUCUGAGCCCUUGUGGAUUGGAAGACUGCCCUUCAGGGACACCACCAGAUGAACCCAUCAGCAUCAGCCCAACGUAUUUUGACCCAGAUGCCCGUCCAAUCAUGAAGCUUAAAGAGGUGACACACACAAGUGCAGUUAUCACAAUCCAGAUACCAAAUCCUUUCAGAAAGAUGUACAUUCUUGUCCUUUACAACAACAGCUUCUUUACAGAUAUACAAAACCUUAAAAGCCAAAGGGAAGAAAUUGAGCUGCUCAACCUAAAGCCCCACACAAACUACACUUACUGUGUGGCCUCCAUACGCAAUUCUCUAAGAUACAAUCAUACAUGUUUGACCAUUUCCACUGUUACACGGACAAUGAAGGAGCAGGUUCCAAAUGGUUCGACGGCUACUCAUUAUAUCAUGACCAUAUUGGGUUGCUUCUUUGGAAUGGUCAUUGUACUUGGUGUGGUGUAUCACUGCCUGAGAAAACGUAAACCUGAAGAUGAAUCAAAGAGCAAAAAACUUAAGAUGAAAAGGAAUUUGAUAGAGAUGAAGUAUGGGGCUGAACUGGAAAGUGGACCUAUCUCUCAGCUAUCACAGAAACAAAUGAUGUCCACUGUCGAGCCCAUUCAAAGGAUGCCUUAUUUACCAGCCGCCAGUGAUAAAGACCCAUACAAGGUACAGGAACUCUCUGGAACUCCCAAAACAACAAAAGGAAAUUACAUAGAAGUAAGGUCAGACCAGUCAGAUCGCAUUGAAUGCAGCAUUCCUCCAUCUGAGAACAGCCAAGGAUCUGUGGCAGAAAUAUCCACAAUAGCCAAGGAAGUGGACAAAGUGAAUCAGAUUAUCAACAACUGCAUCGAUGCACUUAAAUCUGAAUCAGCCUCUUUCCAAGCAGUAAAAUCUGGAGCCAUCUCAGCCACUGAGCCUCAGCUGGUUCUUACAUCUGAGCACCCAGCAGGCAAGUCCGGUCUUCUAUCCCCUGUAUAUAAAGGAGGAUAUCACCACCCUCUACAGAGGCAUCACAGUAUGGAAGCGCCACUGAAACGGGCCAGCACUUCGUCAAGUGGUUCUUUGCGCAGUCCUCGGUCUUUCCGUUCAGAUGGCGCCUAUCGCACAGAGUCAAAGUACAUCGAGAAAUCUUCUCUAGAUGAGUCUGGGAUUCUGACGGUGACCCCAACUUCUGCGAUACUUAAGUCAGAGGCAGAAAGAAUGCGACACUACACAGAGCACCGGCACUCAUACCCUGGCCCACACCACAUGGAGGAGCAACUUGAGGUUUCUUCAAGCAGGAAAUCGUCAAUCUUGGAGCCGCUAACACGCUCUCGGCCAUACGAGCUGUCAUAUUCACAGCUUUCACCACAGUACCACAACCUCAGUGGCUACUCCAGCCCAGAGUACACCUGCAGGCCAUCCCUGAGUUUGUGGGAACGGUUCAAACUCCACCGCAAACGCCACCGGGAUGAAGAGGAAUACAUGGCUGCCGGUCACGCAUUACGGAGAAAAGUACAGUUUGCUAAAGAUGAGGACCUCCAUGACAUCCUCGACUACUGGAAGGGUGUGUCUGCCCAACAGAAAUUAUGAUUGCUUAUUUUAUUUAAGUGUUUAUUUAAAAAGUGUCUGAAUAAAACUCACUUCACUCUCUGGACCAAAUAAAGACAGUCUUCAUUAAAGCUGCAAUAAGUAACUUUCAGUGAUUUAGGGAUUUAAAUUUAGUCAUCUCUGGUCUGAACACCAGUUGUGUUACACACACAGUGAGCAUCAAUUCAAUGCUCAUUUAAAACAAAUUUCAAGACAACAACUGGGAGAACAAUCCAGCAGCAGAAUGUUA